UAUUUUGUAGGCUGUUAAAAUUUUGAUUGAAGCAUUACAUUCUGCCAAGGAACAAGAGCCAGUUGCUAAAACUAGUGGAGCCUCGCCGCUAAAUAUUGCAAUAUUUCAUUCAGCUGCUGAGAUUUUUGAAGUUAUUGUUUCUGAUUCAACUGCAUCUUCUCUUGGAUCUUGGAUUGGACAUGUUAUGGAGCUCCAUAGGGCUUUACAUUCCUCUUCUCCAGGGUCAAAUAGGAAAGAUGCCCCCACACGGCUGUUGGAAUGGAUAGAUGCUGGUGUAAUAUAUCAUAAAAAUGGGGCUACAGGUCUUAUACGGUAUGCUGCUGUAUUAGCUUCCGGAGGAGACGCCCACUUGACUUCAACCAUCCCACUAGUGUCAGAUUUGGCAGAUGUAGAGAAUGUUAUUGGAGAUUCUUCCGGUGGUUCUGAUGCUAAUGUUAUGGAAAAUCUUGGAAAGUUUAUUUCUGACAAGAGUUUUGAUGGUGUGAUUCUUCGUGACUCUUCAGUAGCACAGUUGACAACAGCAUUUCGCAUUUUAGCAUUCAUUUCAGAGAACUCAACUGUUGCUGCUACCCUAUAUGAUGAAGGUGUUAUAGCAAUAAUCUAUGCAGUUCUGGUCAAUUGUAGGUUCAUGCUUGAGAGGUCCUCGAACAGCUAUGAUUACCUUGUUGAUGAGGGCACAGAAUGCAAUUCUACAUCAGAUUUACUGUUGGAACGAAAUCGUGAGCAAAGUUUAGUUGAUCUUGUGGUUCCUACACUUGUGUUGUUGAUCAAUUUAUUGCAGAAAUUGCAG